AUGCACGCGAAAGCUGGUGGGAAGGGUAAGGGAAAGCAAGCAAGUGGCAGUGAUGAAGCUCCCUCCAAGGGGAAAGGCAAAGCAGGCAAAGCAGCUGAUGGUCUUGGGACAUGCACCUAUGUUAAAGCGAGGCACGUUCUGUGCGAGAAGCAAGGAAAGAUCAACGAGGCAUACAAAAAGUUGCAGGAUGGUUGGUUGAGCAACGGAGACAAGGUGCCUCCUGCUGAGUUUGCUAAGAUUGCAGCAGAGUACUCGGAGUGCCCAUCAGGGAAGAAAGGAGGAGAUCUUGGAUGGUUCCCAAGGGGAAAGAUGGCAGGUCCAUUCCAAGAUGUCGCCUUCAACACACCUGUUGGAGUCACCAGUGCACCCUUCAAAUCCACAAAGAGAAGAUGCAGAAAAUCUAAAGGAAAAAGACCUAAUCCGAUGAGCAUAGUUGCCGAUGAUCUGGUGGAAGACAUACUCAUUAGGUUGCCAUUGAAGUCAAUCUUAAGAUUCAAAACCGUGUCGAAACAAUGGAAAGCAACGGUGGAGUCGAGGUGGUUCGCGGAGAGGCGUGCGAGCGUUAAAAAAGGGCGGAAACUAUUCCUGGCUGUCGGAGAUGAGUCCGAGUCGUGGUUCGAAGGAGACACAGAGGCCGAGAUGGUCUACUUACGAUGCGAGGACGCCACACGACCUUCGCUGACGUGUAACGGUUUGGUUUGCAUCCCCGUACCAGGUUGGGUCAAGGUUUUGAACCCUCUGACCGGAGAACUCUUUAGAUUCCCUUCGGGGCCAUCCCACCAUGAGCAGGAAGUCGCAAAUAAAAGGUGGUGGCACAACGUGUUCCCUGGAUAUUGGGCGAUGGGAUUCGGUAAGGACCAAGUUAACGGGAGCUAUAAAAUAGUGAGGAUGUUGUCUGAUCCUGACCAUUGUCUGAUUCUUGAUAUUAACAUCGGGGAAUGGCGGGAACUGAGCCCGCCUCCUUGCGAGAUUGAAUCGAACAGGAAGUCGGCUUGCGUGAACGGGUCCGUUUACUGGUUAAACUUGUUCACUAAACACAAGUUACUGGCUUUGGAUCUCCACACAGAAGAGUUCCGGGUUGUCUCCGCAGAACCCCCGCCUAGGCAACAACCAGCAGCUCAGAUAGUGAACCUUGAAGGCCGUCUAGCCAUAGGCGAGACCAAUACUACAGGUGAAUGGAAGCUAGAGAUAUGGUGCAUGGAUGCACAGGAAGAAACAUGGACUAUGACUUACAACAUACUUUUAUCAUCCUUUGCAACUUUAUGGUGCCGAUGGCACAUUACCUACUUCACCCCACUGGCUGUUUCUGAGGGAGGGAGUCUUUUCUUCACUGACAAUAACAAGAGGCUGUUCAAGUAUUCUCCAGACACGGACUCCCUCCGUUGUCCCUCUCCAGGCGUUUAUGUUAUAUCUCCACUGGUCGAGAAUUUGGUCCGGUUUCCUUCACCACCACCAGGAGGAGGAGGAUUUGUUUCCAAAAUCACCUCAUCGGGGCACCUUUAUGGAGUUAGCUAUCCGGAAGAUCAGGUUCCGGGCUCCCGGAUAUCCAGUUUUGUUAGACGGGUCCAAUUGGGGAUCCCCAAUAUUUUGCUUACCCUCUAA